AUGAGUUUUUGGCUUGGCAAAAAUAAGAAAAGUACAACUCGUCUUAGAAAUAAUCCAAUUUCAAGGCCUUUAUUUCUUUCACCACCAUUCAUUGAUGCAUCAUUGGUUGAAGGAAUUUUCGAAUUUUUUACUUAUCUUAAUAUGUUUUAUGGAACUGUGACUGAUUUUUGCACAGCCAUGAAUUGUCCCACAAUGAACGCAGGACCUGGAGUUGAGGCUUACACUUGGACAGAUCAAAAUCAAAGAAAAACCACAAAAUUACCAGCACCAACAUACAUUGAUUAUGUUAUGACGUUGGUUCAGAAUCUUGUCAACGAUGAAAAUGUUUUCCCAACAAAAGUUGAAGAAAAACAUUUCAAUUCUUUGUUUGCACAUUUUAUGUCUUUUGCUAAAGAAUUCAAUUUAUUGCCAGAUAAAAAAGAGUUAGUCCCAUUAGAAGAAUUGAUCACUUAUAUGGAGAGUAAUGGCC